AUGUUGGCGCCCGGAGAAGGGGGGCCCAAUUACUUGUCUCUCGCGCGACGAAAGCAGGCGAUAUUGAACGGGCUCAAGGAGGAGGAUGAAGAGGAAGAGAAGAAGCAGAAGCAGAAAGAAGAAGAGGAAAAGAAGAAAAAGGAGGAAGAGGAAAAGAAGAAAAAGGAGGAGGAGGAAAAGAAGAAAAAAGAGGAAGAGGAGGAGGAAAAGAAGAAAAAAGAGGAAGAGGAGGAAGAGGAGAGGAAGAAACAAGAAGAGGAGAAAAAGCGACAGGAAGAAGAGAAAAAGAGAGAGGAGGAAAGAAGAAAGAAGGAAGAAGCAGAGAAACUAGCAAAACAAAACCCCGGCUUCACCUCAACACAAUCCCAGCCCACCUUUCGCGUCGAGAUACCCGUCCCCAAGCGCGACCCAGCCCGACUCGCCGGGCCCCCGGAACCAGGCACGACGCACACGCCGCGGACGAUUCUCAACUCUCUCCUCCGGCAGACGAUGGAGCGGGACGAGGAGCUCGAGCGCCGGCGCCUCCGAGCCGAGGCCGGCAUCCCCGAGACCGAACCCAUGCCGCCGCCCGGCCACGCCGCGUGGGAGGCGUACAAGCUGCGCGUGGGCUGGGUUUCCGAUAACCCCUGGCCCGAGCCCAAGUGGUCGCGGUUGGAUACCAUCAAGAUGCUUGCCGAGCGCGAGGCCGAGGCCCGGGCGCGGAGCAAGAAGAAGGGAUCAGGAGGAGCCGCUGCUGGUGUGGAUGAGUGGCCUAUUGUCCUGGAUUUGCCUUCUGUCACGACGCUGCGAACUGCCAAGGGUGGAUGGCUUCAGAGUAGGGUUCCUGGCCUCUUUGGUGUCUCUACGCUGGGCCUGAACCGUUGCUGCUUCGUGCUUUUCAUUGUUCUGUAUCUUGUCCUCUCGAUUUUUGUGGCUGAGCUGAGUUGGCAAGCAUUCAGGCACUUUGUGCUUAAAAAAAUAUUGUAG